AUGGCUCGUGCGAAAUUAUCGGCGACGGAAAAAUUCGUCGACGGGGUAGAAUCCGGCGCGUCGGCGGGCGGCGAGGAAGCGGGCAGUUUCAAUUACGCGGUCGCGGUUAAUCGCUGGAGCAUGCGGCUGUUGGGCCUGUGGCCGUUGGACGCGCGUCUCUCCUACCUCAAGUGCAGCGUGAUCCUCGGGCUGAUGAUUGUUGUCAUGUUGCCCGUGGUUACGUGCCUAUUUAUGAUAACGGAUUGGGUGGCGAUAAUGAAUCAGGUCAACAUGACGCUCCCGUCGUUACCGAUGUUCGUGCGUUUCCUCGUCAUGAAGAUAAAGGCCCAAAACUUACGGGUCGUCUUGAGCAGCAUGAGCCACGACUGGGCCAACUAUCGGCAUUUGUCGGUGCGAAACCGCCGUACUAUGUUCCAUUACGCCAAGAGGGGCAGGCGGAUCAAUGUGGUCUGCAUCGUGUGGAUGAUACUGACGAUCGCAGUGUACGUAAUAACGCCAUUCGGGAACACGUGGCUGAACAGCUAUCCUGGCAACGCGACCGGCAGGAGGCUGCCCGUGGACGCGUACUUCCCCUUUUCUCUGGAGCAGCCGUACGUGUACGAGAUGAUCUACGUCGUGCAAUCGAUCACGGGCGUUAUCGGCGGCAUGGUGAUCUUCUCUGUGGACUGCUUUGUUUGCGUCAUCGUGUUCCACGCGUGCGGGCAGUUGGAGGUGUUGGCCGCAACGUUGGAGCGACACUAUGACGCCGUCGAACACGAUCGCAAGGACGCGCGUUCCCACACCUGCGCCUGCCUGUCGUGCAUCGUGAAGCGACACGUGCAUAUCAUCAAUUACAUGGAUGUCGUAGAGAAAUCCUUCAACAACUUUAUCCUGUGUCAAUUAUUGGCGACCACUGUUAUCCUGGCAUUUCAAGGCUUCCAAAUCGUUCUGGUAGCGGGAAUAAUGCUUAUAAGUAUACAACAGGGCUAA